UUACUACACAAACUCACUUCCGAGGCAGUUGAAUCAUUGCUUUGAAGCGAAAGGGGAACUUUUUUGGAGUUCUCUGCCAUAUCAGCAGUUUUUAACAUCCUUUUUGGCAGAAUUCAAUACUGUGUCAACACUUGGAUCGUUGUUAGCGUGACCGAAGGACGUGUACUGUGCCAUUAAGUGGAGAUUCAUAUCAACAGUAGUUCUAUUAUCACUGAAUAGACCGGAGCACGUGUGUUCAGCUAGUCAAGGCUCGAAGAUGCAGAGGGAAAAGCAGCGUUCUGUGAAACACAGGCCAAAACAACAGCAGAGUGGAAGUGAAUUAAACCGCCGAAGUUUUCCACCGGCCAUGAUUGACACCAGAAACAAGAAUCAUAUUAAAUGUAUGGUGAUCGGGGAUGGAGCCGUGGGGAAAACGUGCAUGCUAGUUAGCUACACCACAAGCAGAUUCCCCUAUCAGUACAGUCCCACAGUCUUAGACAGUUACACAGCACGAGUGUCAGUGGACGGACGGCCCUACGUUUUAGAAUUAAUAGAUUCAGCAGGCCAGGAUGAUUACCAACAUAUUCGAAUGUUGUCUUACAAGUCAGUCGACAUUUUCCUCGUGUGUUAUUCAGUGGUGGAUCCGGCUUCAUUCAACAACCUCAAAGACAAGUGGAUUCCAGAAAUGAAACAUUACGGUCCACAAGGCACACCGUUUGUUGUCGUUGGAGCCCAAGCAGAUCUCAGAGAGGACAGAGAGACAGUAGAAAAGCUUCACAGAGAGAAAGAAAAGCCAGUUUCAUUUCACCAAGGAGAAAAAUUAGCAAAGAAAUUCGGUGCUGACGCUUUUAUUGAAUGUUCAUCUCUAACACAAAGAGGACUACAAAGAGUCUUUGAGCAGGUUAUAAUGGGUGCUUUGUCACCAAGGAAAACAAAAAAGUCAUCUAAACCCAGUAAGUUCUUUGGGAUGGUUUCACUGUGUUUGGACAAUUUAAAACACAAGAUUUCAGGACAUAAAGAAAGCGGCAGUGCUAACUCUUCCACUGCCGGCAGUGACUCAGAUCUAGUGCGGAUUUACACUGGCAAUUCAACACGGCGGUAAUAUGUCACUUAUAUAUACAUCCGCGUAAGAAUCUCUACGGUAUCAUAUAUGUGACUCUUUUUUAUUUAAGGUGGAUUGAUGAAAUCAAACUUACUGUAAUCUGAAGAUAUGUUACAGCGAAAUAUACGUGUUCUAUCAGCUUCAGUGCUUGCACUUUCAGCCAAAGAGAGACGCAAUUUCUUCAGCAUUAUUCUGUUUAUAAGCACUGGUUGUGAUAACCUAUACUACGCAAGAGCAAACUAUUUAAUGUAAAUAUUGAAACUUGUAUUACUCUCUGUAUGUUACUAAUUUAUUUGUAAACAAUACAAGAAUAGAAAUAUUA